UCGCUUUUGCUCUAGAAAGAAUUUGAAAAAUGUCGAGCAAGGCACAAAUUACUCUUCCCGAAGAGGAAUUGGAUUGGAUUCAGCUGCGCCAGGAUCUGGGACCCGUGAUUGAGGUGGAAACCACCAAGGAAAAGCUGCAGCGCAAAAUUAAGGAGAACCCGCUGGUUCCGAUUGGAUGCCUGGCCACUACCGCGGCCCUGACAAUGGGCUUGUACAACUUCCGUACUGGCAAUCGAAAGAUGUCCCAAUUGAUGAUGCGCACCCGUAUCGCUGCCCAGGGAUUCACAGUUGCCGCCUUGAUUAUCGGCGUUGUGAUGACUUAUGGCGAAAAGAAAACCCCCUAAUUGCUACAAAAGAUACCAUUAAUACCAUGUAGCUUUAAACUAAAACCUGAAAUUUAAACUUAAAAUGGCAGAUAUAUAUAUAUAAAUAGAUAUAUAAUGUAUAAAAUUGA